CGGCAGAACUCGUGGAGGUUCUCUGGGGUCCCGGUUUUCCUUAUCCCCGGCGGGAACCUCCCGCGGAGGACCUGGCGGUCGCGGGGAGGCCGGGGUUGGCCCGCCAUGCGUUGGGGGCUGCACCCGCGCGGGCCGGGAGCCGCGGCUCUGGCCGCGGCCCGGAAUUUAUGGGUGCCGCCCCGCCUUCGUUGUCGCCCGGGGUGGCAAGGGACGACGGGGAGGCUUUUGGUGCGGUCCGUCACCGGGGCCAGUAACCAGCUGCAGAGCUCGAAUAAUGGCAGAUACCGGGACACGGUGCUGCUGCCGCAGACCAGCUUCCCCAUGAAGCUGCUGGGCCAACAGCAGCCCGACACGGAGCUGGAGAUCCAGCAGAAAUGUGGAUUUUCAGAACUUUAUUCGUGGCAAAGAGAAAGAAAAGCCAAAACAGAAUUUUGUCUUCAUGAUGGACCUCCUUAUGCAAAUGGUGACCCACAUGUUGGACAUGCUUUAAAUAAGAUUUUGAAGGAUAUAGCCAAUCGGUACCAUAUGAUGAGAGGUUCCAAAAUACAUUAUGUUCCAGGCUGGGAUUGUCACGGCUUACCCAUUGAAAUAAAAGUAUUAUCAGAACUUGGAGGAAAAGCUCAGAAUCUUUCAGCUGUCGAAAUUAGAGAGAAGGCUAGAUCAUUUGCUGAAGCAGCAAUUAAGAAACAGAGAUCAGCAUUUAUUCGUUGGGGAAUAAUGGCAGAUUGGAGUAAUUGCUACUAUACAUUUGAUAGAAAAUAUGAGGCCAAACAGUUGAGAGUUUUCUACCAAAUGUAUGAGAAGGGCUUGAUUUAUCGAUCUUACAAACCUGUGUUUUGGUCUCCGUCAUCAAGGACUGCGUUAGCUGAAGCAGAACUUGAGUAUAAUCCUGAGCAUGUCAGUCGUGCAAUAUAUGUAAAAUUCCCUCUCCUGAAACCUUCUCCCCAGUUGGUGUCUCUCAUAGAUGGUUCAUCUCCUGUUAGUGUUUUAAUCUGGACCACCCAGCCUUGGACAAUUCCAGCCAAUCAAGCUGUUUGUUAUAUGCCAGAUGCAAAGUAUGCUGUUGUGAAAUGUUCCAAAUCUGGAGAUCUGUACAUACUUGCUGCAGAUAAAGUAACAGCUGUUGCUUCUGCUUUGGAAACAACAUUUGAGGUUAUUUCAACAUUUUCAGGUGUAGAUUUGGAAACUGGUACUUGUGCUCAUCCUUUAACUCCCCAUAAAGACUCUCCUCUUUUACCGGCAAAUCAUGUGACCAUGACCAAAGGAACAGGGUUGGUUCACACAGCCCCAGCUCACGGUAUGGAAGAUUACAGUGUGGCUUCUCAGCACAACCUGCCCACGGAUUGUUUAGUGGAUGAAGAUGGAGUUUUCACAGAUGUUGCAGGCCCUGAACUUCAAAACAAGUCUGUCCUUGAAGAGGGAACAGAUGUGGUUAUAAAGAUGCUUCAGGCUUCAAAGCAUUUGUUGAAGGAGGAGAAAUUGGUACACAGCUAUCCCUAUGACUGGAGGACUAAGAAACCAGUGGUUAUUCGUGCCAGCAAGCAGUGGUUUGUAAAUAUCACGGAUAUCAAGGCCACAGCCAAGGAAUUGUUAAAAAAAGUGAAAUUUAUUCCUGGAUCAGCACUGAAUGCCAUGGUUGAAACGAUGGACAGACGGCCAUAUUGGUGUAUAUCAAGGCAAAGAGUUUGGGGUGUUCCAAUCCCUGUGUUUCAUCACAAGACAAAAGAUGAAUUCUUGAUCAACAGCCAGACCACUGAGCACAUUAUUAAACUAGUGGAACAACAUGGCAGCGAUGUCUGGUGGACUCUUCCCCCUGAGCAACUUCUUCCUGAAGAAGUCUUAUCUCAGGUUGGUGGUCCUGAUGCUUUGGAAUAUGCGCCUGGUCAGGAUAUUUUGGACAUCUGGUUUGAUAGUGGAACUUCAUGGUCUUGUGUUCUUCCAGGUACUGACCAGAGAGCAGAUCUGUACUUGGAAGGAAAAGACCAGCUUGGCGGUUGGUUUCAGUCUUCUUUAUUAACAAGUGUGGCAGCGAGGAAAAAAGCACCUUUUAAGACAGUGGUGGUUCAUGGAUUUACCCUUGGAGAAAAGGGAGAAAAAAUGUCCAAAUCUCUUGGGAAUGUCAUUGAUCCUGAUGUGGUCAUCAACGGAGGACAAGAUCCAAACAAGGAACCUCCGUACGGGGCUGAUGUCCUUCGCUGGUGGGUAGCCGAGUCCAACGUCUUCACCGAAGUGACCAUUAGUCCGUCUGUACUUAACGCUGCCAGAGAUGAUAUUAGCAAGCUCAGGAAUACACUCCGCUUUCUUCUGGGAAACAUCGCUGGCUUCAACCCAGAAACGGAUUCCGUUCCCGUUAAUGACAUGUAUGUCAUAGACCAGUACAUGCUGCACUUACUGCAGGAUUUAGCAAACAAGAUUACUGAUGCAUACAAACAGUAUGAUUUUGGAAAAGUUGUUCGACUGUUACGAGCAUUUUAUACCAGAGAGCUUUCGAGCUUCUAUU